UCAGAUUUGAUAAGAACAUUCGGCGCCGCUCAACGCGGCUGUGAUCCAAUAUAGGCCGACGUGCAACCAUAGUAUCUAUAUCCGUGGUCAUACCCCUGGUUACAUGGUAAUCACCGUAUGACCACUUAUUUCCUCAUGACAUUUCGGGACAAGUGUGCGAAGCCCCAGGCUAACAGAGGUUGGCAACGCUGCAUCAAAAAUGAUAACAUCACAUAACCACAUGUCCACAAUGCCAUCGUGUCUCGUGCACGGUUUUGUUGAUAAUGGACAGGUUAUUGUUUCACUUUCUUAUAAAAUAGUCGUUAUUCUCAGUCGUAUCUCUUCAUUUUUGGCUGUGCGGCAUGGGCACUGUUCCUGUGGUUGUUAAUGCCUUCACAGUGACUUUCAAAUUUUGUUAUAGUUAGAGAUUAAAUAUUCAAAAUAAUAGCUAUCAUGAGUCUUUGUAAUUUGUUGAGGGUUCCAUUCUUAUUCGUUAUGGAUGAACUCUUCAAAACGACUUUCGGGUUUCAUGAUUUAGCUGAUAAAAUAUUUCCAGUAAAUAAUGGCCUUGUAAAUAACACACUCACUCAAAUUGAGAUCGACGAGUCCGCUCAACACUAUUACACGGCUAUAUUUCUAUCAGUCAUCAGAAUAAUAAUAUCCUGCUUGAUAUUUUAUUCAUCAAUAUUUUUAUUUGUUCUACCUGCCAGAUACUUAUACCUAGUGUACUUGCAUUUUGUUUCUUUCUGCAUUGUAUAUUUUUCUUAUUGGGCAAACAUACAAACACCGAAAGAUGUUUACGGAAAAUAUGAAAACUUUAAAACUGACAUGUUUAAUAAAGAUAUAACAUGGGAUGUCGAUGGAUUUUUAUAUCUUUUUACAGGAUUACAAGUUACAUAUUCCUUAUACUUUUUAUUCUGCAAUUUAAUUUUACAGUGUUGUCUAGCACUAGUAUUUGAGUGUUUACAAGACUUUACUACAAAUCAAUUUACUACAAACCAAUCAAUUCAUAAACUUUUUAGCUUUAGCUUUAUCAUUCCUACUUUAAUCUUAUUUUUACCAGUAACAUGGAGACCUGGAUUUUUAAAUAAAGUAACAUUGUUAUCAACAUUAUUGCCAAUAUUUUGUGCAUUGAAAACAUUAUGGUUGAACCUAUUAACAAUUGCAAAUUUAAUUUGUAAUAGAUAUGACCGUGCAUUACAGACAACCAAUUAUUAUGAAAUGUUUGUUCGGGUUGAAGUGGAUCUGAAUAGUCUCAAAAUUCCAAUUGUUCUGAGAUUGUUUUGGGCCGUACAAGUAAUAGUACAAAUUCUAUACCUGUUAUCUGAUAUGGAAGUACUAAAUGAAACUUUGUUUGAAGCCGUGAAAUAUUUGUUAAUUAAAGGAUCCAACUCAAUUAUAGUAGUUUUAGGAAUGACAAGUAUUGCAUCAUACGUUUGUUGUUCUAUUGGAUCAUUCUUUCAAUGGGUGCUGAUAACUGAUGAUGAUGAUGGUGAAAAUAUUGAAACAAUGUCUUCAUGUCUGUUUUUUGUACUAGCUAUCCAUAAUGUAGUGACAAAUUUAGAUCAAGAAGAGCGCUUAAUAAGACUCUAUUAUGGUAUUUAUUUACUCUGUGCUGCCAUACUAUAUCACAUCCAUAAAAAAGUUAAUUCAGUAUUAACAUAUUUGUCUAGUUGUAAAACUUCACCACUUAACAGACAUUUAAGAGCUCUUUUAGUUUGUGGAUUUCUUAUAGUGUUUCCAAUCACUAUUUUGACAUACUUGUGGUCUCAACAUUCAGUUAGCCCUUGGCUACUAGCAGUUUCUUCUUUUUAUAUUAAAAUUAUUAUAAAAGUAUUAGUAUCAUUAGCUGUCUAUUCAUUAUUCUUAAUUGAUGAAUAUUGCACAAAAUCUUGGGAGAAAUUUGAUGAUUAUGUGUACAAUAUAAAAUCAUUUGGCACUACGGUGGAAUUAUAUUUUGGCAUCUUUUUUUUUCUGAAUAAUGUUUAUAAUGUUACUUUAUUGCCUGAUGGUUCAAUCUAUGCAUUAGUGAUAUCGUUUAUACAAAUGUGCUUACAUAUGUAUGUAUACAUACGGUUUAUUGGUAUAAAUGAUUGGAAAGAGUUUAUUAAACACCGUACAGCUGAGAAAAUCAUUAAAUCUUUAUCAGAUGCAACUACUAUUCAAUUGUCUGAAUUGAAUGAUAUCUGUGCUAUAUGUAUUCAAAAUAUGGUAUCAGCAAAAAUUACACAAUGCAACCAUUAUUUCCACGCUGCAUGUCUGCGUAAAUUGCUCUACAAAAGUGAUCAGACCACUGUGCCAUUUUGCCCAUUGUGUCAAAAUACUAUAUUCAUCGCAGAAACAUAAAAUGUCCAGACACAAGAAUUUUAAGAUUACCUUGUGUAUAAUUGUGUUCUAAUUUUUGUUUACUUCAUUAUCUCUACAUAUCCAUUAAACAAUUUUAAUUUAAUAUGUACUUAUCUUUUAUUGUAUUUGUAACUAUUUAUUUAAACUUUCAAUAUUAAUAAAUAUUAUCGAAGAUUCACUUCUCGCCACAAGCUUCCUUACAGAAUAGGGUAAUCAACUUGACAUGUAAGAAACUUAACUAAUUAUACUUAUAUUUGUGCUACAUUAUACACUAUUAUACCUAUAAAUUGACUUGAAAUAAAUUGUUUAUUACU